UGUUCCCUGUGUGUUGACAGAAAUUGACCAAAGAUUUGUCAAAGUAUAGAAAAUAAUUCAAUAAUUUUGCGAUAUUUUCUGUAUUUUGAAAAAUUAAACGAUGACAAUUUUACCAGCAAAAAGACCUUCAACGAAUCCAGAAGAAAAGAGCGACAACAGUCAACAAAAUGUGAACUCCGACAGAACCGUGCGAAGGCGGGAUGACAUAGGUUCCUUAAAUGAAGCCAGCCCUUCAAAUCGACGAUCUCAAUUUCCUUACGUUAAGUCAUCCACUGAACGAAAAGAGCGGAUUAGGAAACGGUAUAAGGAACCCGAUCGCACUAGAGAUCGGGAACGCGAACGGGAACAAAAACGGGAAGUGAGAAGAGAACAAAAACGCGAUAGAGUUGCUAAACGCGACAUUUCCAAUGAGCCGCUACAUGACAACAAUACCAGCAAUUCCGUUGUAGAUUCGGUUGCCGUCGAACCUACAUGCAAUAACAACGAAUCGGGAACUGUUGAUAAGGAAGACUGCACUGGUUUCAACAGCGAGGAUGAAUAUGACGAUCAAGGCCUUCUUAAAGAACGGAAUCUUCCAGAUGAAGAGUGGCAAAAGCGCGACGACUACUUCUCGCGCGGGAUGUCGAAUCUCGGCUUUGAGAUCAAACAAAUGAAUGAAGAUGGGGCUUGCUUGUUUCGCUCUAUAGCUGAUCAAGUGUACGGAGAUCAAGAAUUCCAUUACCAAGUCAGACAGGACUGUAUGAAUUACAUUGUGCAAAAUCGAGACUAUUUUGAACCUUACGUGACGGAAGAUUUCGAUAAGUACGUUGCCAGAAAACGCAGAUGGAACGUACAUGGAAAUCAUUUGGAGAUUCAGGCCAUGAGCGAGUUAUAUAAUAGGACAAUCGAAGUUUACUGCUACCAAAUAACACCAAUCAAUAUAUUCAACGGUUCCAGAUUAAUAAACUCAUAUGAGCCUAUAAGAUUGUCAUAUCACAGAAUGUGUCACUACAAUUCUAUUAGUAAUCCGAAUAAACCCUCAGUAGGUGUAGGUUUAGGUUUACCAAAUUAUCACACAAUUGACAUUGACAGAAGACGUCUGCAUGAUGCUGUUCGCGCCAGCGAUGAUUUACUGAUUGAACAGACCAUGUUGGAAGACAAACUAAAGGCAACGGACUGGGAGGCAACGAACGAGGCAAUUGAGGAGCAGGUCGCGCGCGAAUCCUACAUUCAAUAUUUUCGCGAUUCCGAGAGGCGUUUGAAAAAUCAAGGACAUCCUCUUGCUUCUGGUAGCAGCUCUACGAUUACUUCAUCCAUGAUUUCGAGCCCGAGGUCCUCCAGACGGGGUUCUUGUUCCCCGAAAGGGUCGCAGUCACCCAAAGGAUCGUCUUCUCCAAAGACUACUUUCUCACCUCUAGCGAGUCCCAGGAAUUCGUUUGGUUCAGUUCCAUCAACCAACAGUUUUAGCAGCGAGGGUAACGCGGAGACCGUGGCGGCUACUUGUGUUCCUACUGAGGAGGAAUCGUUAUUUGCCAAACAUUCACCAAUACGUGUAGAACAGCCGGCGGAAAAUGUGGCUGUGACCGAAUUUGGGGGCAGUUUUUCGGGUGAUUAUAAGAUUCAAGUGGAAGAGCAGGCUGGCCCCUCUAAUAGAAGCAGUAUAGGGUUUGAAGAUUUUGAUCAAGAGAUAAUGGCACAAGUUCUUGCUGAAUCGCAGAAAACUUAUUUAGAUGAACUUAAGCAGAAGUCCAAGAAGCGUCAUGGAUCUCCGGGACCAUCAACUUCUUCGUAGUUAAGUAAUUAAAUCAAUUUACAAUUUUAAACACGCGCUAUUUAUUGUUCUACUUUUAGUAUAUCUGUUUAGUUUACGACACAAUCCAGCCCUGAAAAGCCAAAUACAGUUAAAAGCAUGUAAAUUUUUAUUUUGUAUAUUUUUUGUUUUUUCAGGGUAUCUAUUGCUAUUUAGUUCAUUUGUUUUGUUAACUAGGUUCAAAUCGGUGGUGUUAAAAUUCAAAAUAUAAAAAAAAAUACAAAAAAAUAUAUCAUAUCUUGUACGAAGGUAUUUUAAUAUUGGCGUAAUUUAGGUAAGUUUCAUUUAUCUAAGGCCACGAAACCACCCUCCUGACUAGGUCAAUUUGUUGUUCGAAUUGAAAGUGCAAGAUGGCGCGGCGCGUCUUUCUAGUUCAUGUACUUAAUAUCGUCAACGUCCAUUGCUCGGAGUAUUAUUUCAAUUGAUGGUCGUCUGAGUUACCAUUGCGUGAUAAUGUAUCGAAAACAACUUAAGCUUGGAGAAGGUCCGUAGUGACUUAACGAGAACCAGCGCCAUCUUGUUUUUUAGAUUGUGCUUUUAUCUUUAUACACCCUUUAUUGUUUAUAUAUUUUGAACAUAUUUUUAUCGUGUUGUGAGUUUAGGAGCGUGGUAUUUUGUUUAAAGAAUUUUUAUAUUUUCAUCUAUUUAUUUUUAAAGCGUUAUUUAUACAUAAAUUAUUGAUUCAAGUGGAAGUGAAUAAAAAUGGCUCCGCUUAAAUACUGUAAUUACAAAUAAUCAAUUCAAAGUAUUUAUAUAUAUGUAAUAACAUUCGAUUUGCAUUCUAUUGUAUAUGUAGCUGUGUUUUAUGUUUCAGUGUCGAGGCGGAGUUUUUUUUAAUUGCAACGUAAGUUCAGUACUUAUUGGUUCCGCAUUAUGUAUUUCACAUUAAUUUAGUUGAUUAGAUUCAUAUGUUUAAUAAAAUCGUUGUGA